ACAGCCCGGCCCGGGGCUGGCGCUCAGAGCUCCGCGCUCCCCGCUGCGGCGCCCGGGUCUGCCAACUCCGUCGGCUCGCGGAGACGGAGCCGGAAGCGCGCAGGUUUGAACCCCGAGCCCCUCUUUUUUUCAAGGGGUAGCCAAAUUCCCCUCCUCCUCCAAUCCGCUUCCCCUUCUCUCCCUCGUCUACUCCGAGACCGAAGUCCCCACUUGGGGCGGGGCCGUGAGGUCCAAGCUCUGGGACCCGGAAGCGGCGCCGUGUCCCUCCUCCGCCAUGGAGUCCACCGCGCCUUCCCUCACCGAGGAGGACCUGACUGAAGUGAAGAAGGACGCUUUAGAAAAUUUGCGUGUAUACCUGUGUGAGAAAAUCAUAGCUGAGAGGCAUUUUGAUCAUCUACGUGCCAAAAAAAUACUCAGUAGAGAAGACACUGAAGAAAUUUCUUGCCGAACGUCAAGCAGAAAGAGAGCUGGAAAACUGUUAGACUACUUGCAAGAGAACCCCAGAGGACUAGACACCCUCGUUGAAUCUAUUCGACGAGAAAAAACACAGAACUUCCUGAUACAGAAGAUUACAGAUGAAGUGCUGAAGCUGAGAAAUAUCAAGCUAGAACAUUUGAAAGGACUGAAAUGCAGCAGCUGUGAGCCGUUCCCGGGUGGAGCCACAAAUAUCUUGUCCAGAUCCAAUUCCGAUGAGAACAGCUACUCUGAGAAACGGAGAGCCUCCAUCAUGUACCAUCCGGAAGGAGAGUCCAGCACAGCUCCCUUUUUCUCAACAGAUUCUUCUCUGAAUUUGCCUGUCCUAGAAGUAGGCAGAACUGAAAACACCAUCUUCUCUUCAACCACACUUCCUAGACCUGGGGACCCCGGGGCUCCCCCUUUGCCGCCAGAGCUGCAGUUAGAAGAGCAGGUUCCUUGUUCGAACUCGAGUGAGAUGUUCCUUCCCUUGCGGUCCCGCGCUCUUUCGCGGCAGUGAUGGUGCCUUGCAGUUUCAACUGUUCAGCAAUGACAAAAAGUGUCCUAAGGGAGAUAGAUCUUACAAAACUUCUUCAGUGGUUUAUUUACAUUUGAUAUGUGCCUUAUAAAAUGCAAUUUUAAACACACUUUGUAAAUAGGAUAUUUUAGAGAAAAAGAAAUAUACUUUUAGAAUGGAGCAAUAUGUAAAUCA